AUGGGAAGUGUCAGUAGCCUCAUCUCCGGACACAGCUUCCACAGUAAACAUUGUCGGGCCUCUCAGUAUAAGCUGCGUAAGUCAUCCCAACUGAAGAAGCUGAACAGGUACUCCGAUGGUCUGCUGAAGUUCGGCUUCUCCCAAGAAGCUGGCCACAAGAAGUCCAGCUCCAAGGGCAAUAAGAACGAGGACUUCUUUUAUAUCAAGGUGAACCAGAAGGCACACCGAACGGACUAUGCUCCACUCUCGGGUGGUGAGCUGGAAGGUCAGGCUGGGACCAGCAGCGUGGAUUAUGGUACCCCAACACCCCCCAAACUGAAGCCAGGCUCCAACCAAUUGGAACUAGCUUCAGAGAAGACUGUGGCAAGGCCCACUGCUUUUAAACCAGUUCUCCCUCGCUCCAACACGGUUCUCCAUUCUUCUCCUGAUCACGGCAAUGCUGCUCAGCAGCUCCCAUCCCAAGACAAAGCCAAGGAUCUGGAGAGUAAGCCCGCUCUUUGUUCUGGAGGGCUUUCAGAUUCAGGGAGAAACUCUAUGUCCAGCCUGCCCACACACAGUACAGCCAGCAGCUACCAGCUGGACCCCUUGAUCACUCCCGUUGGCCCCAUCAGCCGAUUUGGAGGCUCUGCUCACAACAUCACUCAGUGUGCCGUCCUGCAGGAGAGUAACAUGAUGAGCUUGAAAGCUCUGUCUUUCUCCGAUGGGGGCACCAAGAUCCUCAACCCGGGCAAGUCUUCCACUCAUCCUCACAUGACGGAGAACAGCGUUUGUGUUCGCUCACCCAUCUCCACGGAGGAGUCCGCCAUUCAGGAGCUGGAGCAGAAGCUGAUGGAGCGGGAGGGUGAGCUGCAGGAGCUCCAGUGCAGCUUUGAAGAGAAGGAGAUCGCCUCCUGCCAAAACUACGAGGAGAAGCAACGGCGCUGCCGGGAGGAGAUGGAAGGGUUGAAGCAGAAAUGCAACAACAAACUGAAGCAGACCUCGCAGAAGAACCAGCGGGCGCAACAACUCUUGCAGCUGCAGGUGUUCCAGCUGCAACAGGAGAAGAAGCAGCUGCGGGAGGAGCUGUCCAACCUGAUGAAGGAGCAGGACCUUCUGGAGAACAAGCUGAGGACCUAUGAGAAAGAGAAAACCAACUUUGCUCCUGCUCUAGAAGAAACACAGUGGGAGGUUUGUCAGAAAUCUGGUGAGAUAUCUCUCCUGAAACAGCAACUGAAAGAAUCCCAGGCAGAGGUCAACAGCAAGACCAACGAGGUCCUCAAUCUGAAGGCUCAGCUGAAGGACGUCCGGGCCAAGAUGGAACUGUUGGAGAUGAAAAUCCAGGAUUUGGAAGAUUCGUUGCAUGCCAAACCCAUGGAACUAGAGGUGUGUGAGAAUGAACUCCAGCGCAAGAAGAAUGAGUCAGAGCUACUAAGGGAGAAAGUGAACUUGCUGGAGCAGGAGAUUGCAGAGUUGAGAACUGAACUGACCAUCCUCAGGGAGGAGAUGAAAUGUGGUGUGGCUUCUUCCAUGGGUCUUGAGGAAAGCAUGGCGGAGGAUGCCCAAGUCUUGUGGAGGGAAAUAGAGAAGCUAAAAAAAGAACUGCAGGAGGAACAGGACAGCAACAAGCAGAUCACGGUCAGCUUUCAGCAGGAACGGCAGACCUGGAAGGAGGAGAAAGAGAAAGUGAUCCAGUACCAGAAGCAGCUGCAGCAAAGCUACCUUCACAUGUACAAAAGAAACCAAAACCUGGAGCAGAUGCUUCAGCAGCUGGCGGCUGGGGAGGAUGGUAAAGACCCCUUAGAUCUUGAUCUCCAUGGAACCGAUGUCCCUUAUGAGGACAUUAUUGCCACUGAAAUCUGAAGGGUGCCUGUGUUUUCCUGCCCACUGGAGAAAGAUCUCACUUGGGGUUGUAUGUAUAAUUUCACAGAGCACUUUUAAUGGAGGUCUUUUGUCUUGGUCAAAACAAGUCAACAGCCAUUGUCCAUGCAUUUCCC